CCUUCAGACGGUACACACAUUACCUUACUGUAAGAAACACAUGGUCAUAUUGUCACGAGAGUGAAUAAUACGAAGACGGUGAACAAAACAGACAACCAGAGCCUCGCUUACCUAUAAGUGAAGUGUUCGUAGUCUUACCCUGGCCAGGUAGGACAGGGUUACACUUAGGUCGGCAUUACGACAUGUGAUGCCAGAAUAACAAACUGUUUCAAGCACCAAUCAUGGACCUACUUUAUCAGCUCAGGCGUGUAGAUGGAAGCAAUAGAAGGAAGACGAAGGAGAAACAGUGGAGGAGGAUGAAGAAGAAAUAAGAAAUAGAAGCGGAAUAGGAGGAGUCAAGGUGUGAUAUUUAGGAGUUACCGAUCAACUCGCUCUGGCGCGAUCCCGAGCCACCUGUAGCAUCAAGAUCAAGUUCGCAGGGUGCUGCCAUGGCGACGGAAUACAAACAAAUGUCAGUGAGAAUGAGUGAGUGGUAAAGAAAUGCUGCCCUGAGUCCCUAGUUAACAGUGCUCAAUCUCGCAAGACUACACCGGUGAAAGAUCACUUUUUCACUGCCCCAACAACAAUUUGUUAAAACGGUAGCACUAUGUCGUACAGAGAACUAAGAAACUGCACAGAGAUGCUUCGUGCAUUGGGCUUCAGGCGUCUCAUCUCUGUAGAAAAUUUUCGUUCUCCAAAUUUUCCACUUGUUGCGGAAAUCCUGGCUUGGCUGGUGCACAGAUUCGAUCCCAAGGCUGACCUUCCUACAGAUAUCGAUACGGAGCAAGACAGAGUUAUUUUCAUCAGAUCUGUUGCUCAGUUUAUGGCAGCAAAAGCUCAUGUUCGUCUCAACACAAAACGACUGUAUCAGAGUGAUGGCUAUGCAGUACAGGAAAUUCUUAAGGGCCUCAGCAUUUUGUAUGCUGCCAUUCAGAACAAUGAUGGCCAGAAUUUGUAUGAGGAACAGUCAGAAACUACCCUCAACUUUGAUGUUUCUAACAAGAUUUCAGAACUGAAGCAUAUUCGAUCCCUAGCAUCAGAGAUUACAAGCCGAGGUGCCACUCUUUAUGACCUGCUUCGGAGGGAAGUCGAUUUGAGGGAGACACGUACAGUCAUCAUUAACAGGCAGCUGGAGUUGACAGAAGUGGAGGCAGGGAUGCAGGAGGCCAUACAAGCAUGUGACGAUGAGGUGAAGCGCAACCAGGUAUCCAUUGAGAAUGUAGACUCUGAUCAAGCCAACCUGCAGGCCAAGAUUGAGAAGAAAAAGACAGGACUUGAUCGAGGACAGAAGCGACUACUCACUUUGAAGAAAGUCAGGCCAGCAUUCAUGGAUGAAUAUGAGAAGCUGGAGCAGGACCUUAGGAGACAGUAUGAGUCCUUUGUACAGAAGUUCAUUAGUCUCUCUUAUUUAGAGAACCAACUUGAUGACUAUGACCGCCAUGAACAGGAAAAGAUGGCUGAAAGAGAGUCAGCCACAAUGAGAAUGUUGGAAAGACUGAGGACAGAGGAGAAUAGACUGGGCAGUGCUGCAGAGGAUUCUGAUGAUUCAGAUGAUGAUGAUGAUGACGAUGACGAUGAUGAUGACGACGACGAUGAUGAUGAGGAACUGCUAAAAGACAUGAAGGACAAGAUAGUGGAAAAGCAAGCCAAAAAGAGUGCUGGGAAAGGAGAUCGACGCGUGUUUGGUAACAUGACCGGAGGUGAUCUAGACUCAGAAUCCCUUGACUCUGACACUGACCUUAACCUGGAUGGGGUUGGUGAUUCUGACCUGGAUGCUGCUGACCUUGAAUUAGUGGGAGUUCAAGAGGCUGGAGGGGCAGGACCUGCUGGUGGAGGUCUAGGGGCAGCGGGUGGGACUCUAGGGGCUUCAGGAGCAGUUCCUGGAGGAAGUAUGACAGUGGCCAUGGCUAAUGGUGGUACUAAACUAAAGGGAUCAAGAAUGAGGGCAGCUGCUGCACCUCCUCCUGAUGAUGAUGAUGACUUUUAAUAAUGAAAAGAAUGAAAGGGGAAAAUAAAGAAACCUGGUAAAAUAAUGACCUCCCUUGCCAGGCUCUAGCUUUCUUAGGGUUAUGAUAAGUGCAUCAAGAGUUCCAUAUGCACAUAAGCACACAUUUGUGCACACACACAAACACACAUACACACACGCGCAAGCACAGCACAAGUGCACGCACACAUGGAGUGAUAUCGGGGAUUUUAGAACUCAACGAUUACUUGAGGGACAAGAACCCAGAUAUUGUGGGUCUUACUGAAACAAAACUGAGAGAGGGAGAAGACCUGAUGAUGGUUGGAGAA